ACUCGUUUCUCUUGACCGUUUUGCCUCUCACUCUAUUUCUGUCCUCCUUCGGGCUCUCCCCUCCCCCCACUUCGACUGGUCUGCGCUGGUUGUGGUAAUAUGCUUUUAGUUUGGUGUACAUAGAAAGUGUGUAUAUAGUGAGGACAUAGAGUUGGCGAUGGCCGAAAGCCGUGCAGUGGAGGCUGCUGAAGAAGCCCAUCCUUACGCUUUCCACGUUUCUGGCCCUCGAAAUCUGUCCUCUCCUAAUUGGAGAGACCUCUUCUGUUCGAGUUGGAAAGAUCCAAACUACAGAAGAACGGUGAUAGCUUGUUUCGUACAGGCGGUUUACCUUCUCGAGCUCGAUAGGCAAGAAAAUAGAAAUGUAAAGAAUGCCCUUGCUCCAAAGUGGUGGAAGCCAUUUAAGUACAGAGAAACGGAGACGUUGGUAGACGACAUAGAUGGAUCCAUUUUUGGAGCAAUUUUCCAGUGGGAUCGGGCAGCUGCCUUAUCAGACAUCAUCUUGAUGAGACCAAGCGGCGCCCCGCAGGCUGUUUUAGCACUCAGGGGAACAAUACUAAAUAGGCCAACCAUUAGAAGAGACUUAGCGGAUGAUUUGCGUUUCCUUACUUGGGAAAGCUUGAAAGGCUCCGUCAGAUUCAGGAAGACGUUAGAAGCACUAAAAUCGGCAGCGGACAAGUUUGGUAGCUCUAACAUCUGCAUUGCAGGACAUUCUCUUGGAGCAGGAUUUGCUUUGCAGGUGGGUAAAGCACUGGCCAAAGAAGGCGUUUAUGUGGAGACUCACUUGUUUAAUCCACCGUCUGUUUCAAUUGCCACGGGAUUCAGAAGCAUUGCAGAGAUAGCAGAGAACCUGUGGAGGAGUAUCAAGGAUACGAUGAAUAUGGCCCGAGCAAUUCUGCCUGCCAAUUGUGCGGUUCAGCCCAUUGAUGAGGACGAAGAUGACAAGAACAAUGAUAAUGGAGCUAAAGCUUGCAAGCAAUUGAAUAAAUGGAUUCCACACCUAUACGUCAACAAAAGUGACUAUAUCUGCUGUUAUUAUUCCAGUCCAACGGGCGCAGUUCAAGGUCAAAAUGGCGAAGGCGUAGUCCUAGAGAAGCCAAAGGUUAAGGAACAAAAGCAAAUGGCAGCAAAGCUGUUUGUGAUGUCCAAGGGCCCACAGAAGUUCUUGGAAGCUCAUGGUUUGGAGCAAUGGUGGUCUCAUGAUUUGGAUCUACAGGAGGCACAUCAGAGCAAGCUCAUAAGCAGGCAGUUGAGGUCCUUGUACACUGUUCAACCACUGCCUCAAUGCAAAGCUCAAUAAGAUUCUGUUCUGUUCAAUGGAUAUAUUUGACAUUGCCGUGACUUCUAUCUCUCUACAAGGCUCUGUGAUUGAAUAUAACCAGUCUGUGGUCCUUA